GACGGGAGGGUCAGGUGACCGGGGCGGGUGCGCAGGCGCGGGGGCAGCAGCGGCGAUGACGUCCACGUUGACCCAAGGCUUGGAGAGAAUCCCGGACCAGCUGGGCUACCUGGUCAUCAGUGAGGAUGGAGUGUUGUCCUCGGCGGGAGAGCUGGAGAACGACGAGGAGACCGCAGGGAUCAUCAUGCGGAUGGUGCAGACUGCGGUCAAACUCUGCAUCAGCGGCAGCCCCCAGCCCUCGUUCAAGAGGAUGUCCGUGGUGUUUGGGGAACACACGUACAUGGCCACCAUCUCUGGACAGAAGGUGUUUGUGGUGAAGAGACACAACAACCCUCAUGAAGCAGUCGAGGUGUGACCAGCGCCUCCUCCUGUCCCGUCCCCUCCACAACACUCCAGACGGUUCCCAUCACAUCCUCUCCCCGCGGAUAAAGGAAGAGAAACUCCACUCGUCGACAAUCACCUCCUUCCCCUCCCCCCUCUUCCCCUAAUUGCCUCGUUCUCCUCCUCCAUCGUCCCCUCUCCCCCUUCCCCUCCCUCGUUCUCCCCACCCCCUCUCCUCCCUCCCCCCCUGCUGCACAAGUUUAUUUUGGUCUGGGCUGUUUCUGAUAAAUGAUGUCUCUGCAGAUUGUAAUCAGGCUGGUGACAGGAAGAGGAGGGUGUGGGUGGGUGUGAGUUCACAUCGUGUGAGUGAGUCACAGAAUAUGUUUUGUUCCUGUUUGCCCGUCGUAUCAAAAUAAACCUCUUGCUGCUCACA